AUGCCUACCGUCUCGGUUCCCAAAAAGCAUUUUUUCGAACUGCUUGGUAAAAAUUACUCAACGCAGGAGUUUGACGAGCUUUGUUUCGAAUUUGGUAUUGAACUUGAUGAAGAUACUACCGAAGAAGCAUUGAAAAACAAUGAGGAGCCAGAGCUGAAGAUUGAAAUCGGGGCCAACCGUUACGACCUUUUGUGCACUGAAGGCAUUGCUCAGGCACUGAAUGAGUUUUUGGGCAAGGCCCAGAGACCUCAGUACAAGUUGUCGCAGCCUACCACCAAACUCUUCAUCGAACCAUCCACGGAACAAAUUAGACCUUAUGCUGCGGCGGCAAUUUUGAGAGGCGUUACUUUCACGGAAACUUCGUACCAGUCUUUCAUUGAUUUGCAGGACAAGCUGCACUCUAACUUGUGCAGAAACAGAAGCCUCGUCGCUAUGGGUACGCAUGAUGCCGACACUAUCAAGGGGCCAUUUUACUACAAGGCCCUACCACCAAAGGACAUCAAGUUCAUUCCUCUGAACCAAAGUAAGGAGUUUGAUGGUGCUGAGCUAAUUCAAUUCUACAAGCAACCAGACCAAAAGAACAACUUGGGGAGAUUUGUCCACAUUAUCGAGGACUCGCCUGUGUUCCCAGUCGUCAUCGACAGCGAGAACACCAUUUGUUCUCUACCUCCAUUGAUUAACUCUGAGCACUCCAAGAUCUCUAUGAACACCAAAAACAUUUUCAUUGAAGCCACAGCUACUGAUAAAACGAAGGUUGAAGUUGUCAUAAAUCAAAUUGUCGCCAUGUUCUCCCGCUACUGUGCCGAAGAGUUCACGGUUGAACCAGUAGAAAUUGUUUCUGAGCACAACCACCAGUCACGCACUACCCCUGACUUUUCUCCUAAGUCGAUGAAUGUUUCUACUCAGUACAUCAACUCAUGCUUGGGUCUUGAGCUCUCCGCAGGACAGAUUUGCGACUAUCUGAAAAAGAUGUCCUUGUAUGGACAGCCUGAAGGAAAAGAUGUUAUUAAGGUUGACAUUCCCAUCACCAGAUCAGAUAUUUUGCACCCAUGUGAUAUAAUGGAAGAUGCUGCUAUCGGAUACGGCUAUAACAAGCUUCCUAAGGGCAAGAAACUAUCGAAUGCUAACUUUGUGGCCGCUGCGUUACCAAUCAACAAAGUGUCCGACAUUUUUAGACAAGCAUCUGCCCAGGCUUCUUGGUUAGAAGUUUUGCCCCUGACCUUGUGCUCUCACGACGAAAACUAUAAAUUUUUGAGAGUUGAAGAUGAUGGUACUCAGGCUGUUAAGCUAGCCAACCCAAAGACCAGCGAAUACCAGGUGGUCAGAACUUCCUUGCUUCCCGGUAUUUUGAAAACUGUCAGAGAGAACCGUAAGCACUCUCUGCCAAUCAAAGUUUUCGAAGCAGGUGAUGUUGUUUACAAAAACGAUAAACUAGAGCGCAAGGCAUAUAAUGAGCGUCACUGGGGUGCAAUCUAUGUUGGCAAAAACUCAGGCUUUGAGAUUAUUCAGGGCCUUCUGGGCAAGAUAAUGCAGACCUUCAGAACUCAAUGGGUGGCAGACUAUGGAAAGGGUUCAAGUACAAGAGGAUACUGGAUUGAAGAAGAUGAUUCUGUGGCUACUUUUUUCCCUGGAAGAGGCGCCAAUGUCAUGUUCAGGUCCAAAGAAGGUGAGCAGCCCCAAAAGAUCGGGCAAUUGGGUAUUUUGCACCCUGAGGUUAUGAAGAACUUUGAUUUGCCAUAUGCUGCCUCUUACGUCGAACUAAACGCAGAAGUUUUCUUGUAA